AUGUUUGAGGUGCACGUUCCUCCAUCUUGUAUGCUUGAUGGUGUUCAUUCGCAGCACUUUUUUGGAACCGGUGUCAUAAUAUAUCAAACUCAAGAUAUAGGAUUAGUUGCAGUUGACAAGAAUACUGUUGCAGUAUCUUCCUCUGAUGUGUUGCUAUCUUUUGCUGCUUUCCCCAUUGAAAUUCCUGGAGAGGUGGUAUUUCUCCAUCCUGUUCACAAUUAUGCUCUCAUAUCAUAUGACCCAUCUGCCUUGGGACCUGUUGGUGCUACAGUGGUUCGUGCUGCAGAGUUACUUCCAGAGCCAGCAUUAUGCCGAGGAGAUUCUGUUUACCUUGUGGGCUUAAGCAGAAGCCUUCAAGCAACUUCUAGGAAAUCAGUUGUUACCAAUCCUUGCGCUGCAUUAAAUAUAGGAUCGGCAGACUCCCCUCGUUACAGAGCAACUAACAUGGAAGUUAUUGAGCUUGAUACUGAUUUUGGUAGUUCAUUUUCGGGUGUGCUAACAGAUGAACAUGGAAGGGUCCAGGCUUUAUGGGGAAGCUUCUCUACUCAGAAGAAGAAAAAGAGAAGAAAGAUGAAAACUGGGAAAAGACGAGACAAGACAAUAUUUACUCAUACUUCAAAAGACUACCAGAUGCUGAAAUACAGUGGCAGUACAUCAGAAGAUCAUCAAUUCGUGAGAGGAAUUCCGAUUUAUGCAAUAAGCCAGGUCCUGGACAAGAUCAUAUCUGCUGCAAAUGGGCCACCUCUUCUCAUAAAUGGUGUCAAAAGGCCUAUGCCACUUGUGAGAAUAUUAGAAGUUGAACUUUAUCCAACAUUACUUUCAAAAGCUCGCAGUUUUGGAUUAAGUGAUGUUUGGAUUCAGGCACUUGUUAAGAAAGACCCAAUAAGACGGCAGGUUUUACGUGUUAAAGGUUGUUUGGCUGGAUCAAAGGCUGAGAAUCUUUUGGAGCAAGGAGACAUGAUUUUAGCAAUCAAUAAAGAACCAGUCACAUGCUUCCUUGAUAUUGAAAAUGCUUGCCAAGCCUUAGAUAAACCUAAUAUCAAUGAUGGCUUGCUCCAGAUGACUAUUUUUCGGCAGGGACGAGAGGUUGAACUUCUUGUGGGAACAGAUGUUAGGGAUGGAAAUGGAACAACCCGUACAGUUAAUUGGUGCGGUUGUGUAGUUCAAGAUCCACAUUCAGCGGUACGUGCUCUUGGAUUUCUUCCCGAAGAGGGUCACGGUGUUUAUGUGGCAAGGUGGUGUCAUGGGAGUCCGGUGCAUAGAUAUGGUCUCUAUGCUCUUCAGUGGAUAGUUGAAAUUAAUGGAAAACCAACUCCAGAUCUAGAUUCUUUUGUUAAUGUGACAAAGGAACUAGAGCAUGGAGAGUUUGUUCGUAUAAGAACAAUUCACCUCAAUGGGAAGCCACGAGUCCUAACAUUGAAGCAAGAUUUGCACUACUGGCCUACAUGGGAAUUGAGGUUUAAUCCAGACACUGCAGUUUGGCACCGUAAUGUAAUCAAGGCAUUGAACUACAGUUCUGUAUGA